AUGAAUUAUGAUGACCAACAUCCGUACGCAACAUCUUUAGUACGUAUAAAGAAGAAAUAUCGUGGCGUCGGAUGUAAACGUCCGACGAUUCCAUCGCUCUUUUUGAAUCGCUCUUCAUCGGAAAAUGUGUUGAAGCAAUUUGAAAAUUUAAAUGAUGGAAAUAACGAUGAAAAUAUUGACAGAAAUUGCGAUAUUAAUGAUAUAAAUAAUUCUAGUCUAAAUGAAAACGAACAUGAUGUCGAGAUUUUUUUUGAUUACGGCAACACGAAUAGCAAUGAUACCAAAGUUCAAAACAACAACAAUAAUUCACCUAAUAAGUUUACAGUAUUUGAAAAAACAACCGCAUGGAUUGCUCAACAGCAAAAAUUUUUUAAUCGUCUUUUAAAGGGUAACUUCUCUUUCAAUUCCGCUUCAACUGACAUCAACAUAAACACGAAAAAUUCAUCGGAUCCAAAUCUGAAACAAGACUCUUUGGACAUUGAAUCUUGUAGUGAUGAUCAAGUAUUAAUAGCUGUAUGUGAAUGCGGAAAUGCAAGUCUUUACCAGACAGUAACAAGAAGACGAGAUGCAGAUAAAGAGAGGGAGAGCAGCGCUUAUAUUUCAAUAUCAACGAUAGAGAAACAACCAAGACAGAAGAAAUCUAUUUUAGAGCCAGAAAUAGCGACGAGUGUCCACAAAGUAGUGCCCCAAUUGGUUUUGUAUUGGGAAACGGUAGGAUUGGUUGGUACUUGUAUUGCGAGGCGAUGUGCUGGUUGGAGAUCUUAG